AUGAAUCAUCGACAAAUUUCAUCAAAACUUUCUGUUAAAAAUAUGAUGGAAGAUAAUAAAGAAUCUACAAUCAUAUCUGAAGAUAAUAAUAAUAAUAAUGAUAAUGAUAAUGAAAAAAAUGAAAAUAAAGAGACUGAUCAAAUAGUACCACCAUCAAAUAUACAACAACCACAACCAACAACAACAACUACAACUACAGUUGGAAAUGUAAAUGGAAAUGGAAAUAAUAAUAAUAAUGAACAAUAUAAAUUAAGUGUAGAAUCAGAAUCGUUGGUAAAAGGUAUAAAUAUAGAUGAAACGUUGAAUAAGAAACAAAAGGAGAGAGAAGAACGAUUGGCAUCGAUGAUGUCACACUAUCACAAGAAGUACAGCGAGACUAGUGGAACUGGUGUCGAUGGCUCCGAUAACGGUGGAUUGGGUGCUGGCCAAUCCGACUCUCUGAUAGACGAAGAUGAUGACGAUCUACUGAGUGCCGCCGCCAAGCAGAGAAGAGCCGCCAACAACACCCGAAAGAAAGAUUUGCUAGCGGAGCAAAUGAAAAAGUAUCAGGAUCAAUACCAGAGUAUUCUGUCCGAUGUCAACUCUAUACUCUCUACCACGCCGACAUCGCUCUCCAGUGGUUCGUCAUCACCCGUCUACUCGCCAAUAAUGUCAUCGAACGAUCCAUCCUAUUCAGCUGUACACAACAAUAACCUAUCACUAAACAACAACAAUAAUAAUAACAUUUUAAAUAACAAUAACAAUACGAAUGAAUCAACAUUGAUAAUAGAUAAUAAUAACAAUGGUGGUGGUGGUGAUCAACCAAAUUUCAAUCAAGUUCCAAUUUUACCAUCAUCGUCGUCAAGCAAAGGAAAGAAGAAAAAGAAUAAAUUGAAUUUGGAUGAUGGUGGUGGUGGUGGUCAAGAGGAUAAUCUAUUGAGUGAGAACAUAGAUAAAUCAGAGACUACUACAACAACUACAACUACAUCAACUACAUCAACAGAGGAUAGCAACAAUGAAAACAAUACACCAGCAAAACAACUAAGUCCAGACCAACAACGUCUGCAACAGAUGCUCAUGCAACAACAGAUUUUAUUUUUUGAAAAGGAAUCGAUACCGUAUCUGAGUAACGUUGGAUUCAACACACUAAAAUCGGUGGAGAUGGAUUCACUAAGAUGUGCAGAAUCGGUGGUCACUCUUACAAGAAAUUUAAAUUAUAGUCUUAUGGUUAUGUCAAGAAUGUCAGUGGAACUCUUUAAUAACUUAAAGAUGUCAAACGAUAUGGUUUGUUUUACAAUUGGUGGUGGUGUAGGCCAAACAGAGAAACUAAUCAACAAAUGUAUAGAACUCAACGAACAAGCAAAAUCAAUGACUUUGUUACACCAGAAGAUCAAACAAAUCAGAGAAUACGUUGAUAAAUUAGAAUCAAUACUUGAAAAGAAGAAGAAGAAGAAGAAAGCUCAAAGUAAAAUAAAAUUUGAAGCUAUGUUAUGUUGUUGUUGUCAACUCUAUUGUUUUGUCCGCUCGAUGAAGAGUUCAGGUGUUAGCGGAGGUGGAGCUCACUCUAAUACUUCAACCACAACUACAACAACAACAACAACCACCGGUAAUAUUAAUCAUAAUGGUCAUCCAAUUCAACAACAGUUACAACAUUCACCAACAACAAUGAUUACAAGAAGCAAAGCAGCAGCGGCAGCGGCAGCAGCACAACCACCACCAUUAGUUCACCCGCAUCAACAGCAUCAUCAACAACAACAACACCCAAUAAUGAUAAAUAAUAAUGGUGCUCAUAAUAAUAAUGUUUUAAAUGAUUUCUAUCAAUUAUUUCAACAACAGAAUAAUAAUAAUAAUAAUAAUGGUAAUAAUAAUCAUUUAAGUAAUUCAUUAUCACAGAUUCAAUCUUUGGCAUCGUUACAAUCACCACCAAAUUUUGUUAACAAUAACAAUAGCAAUAGUAACAAUAAUAAUAAUGCAAAUAGUAACUCUGGUAUGAAUGGUUCCAAUUCAUCUACAGACAAAAAGAUUCAACAAUCAUUGCAACAACUUAGAGAGUUACGUUCGGGUGCACGAAGUCCAGUUGCACCGUCAUCACAAGGUUCAACACCAUCGUCAUCACAAGAACAGGCAACCUAUAGUAAUUCACAGGAAUCAGCUUCGUCAGCAGCUGGUGCACCUAACAACACAAGAAAAAGCAAGAGGAAAAAGAAGGAGACAAGUGAACCUGAUCAGCCUGCACCACCUCCACCACCAACCAGCAAACGCACCAGGAAAUCUGCUGCAAAACCAGCGCCAAAACGAAAGGCUGCUGCUGUCGUAGAAGAGGAAGACGAUGACGAUGAUGAAGAAGAUGGCGAUUCAAAGAGAUCAAAAGAUAAUAAAUCAAGAUUCGAUAAUUCAUUGGUUCAACUUACCAAGAAAUUUGUUGAAUUGGUACAGAAAUCACCGUAUGGAAUUCUCGAUUUAAAGGUUGCAGCGGAAACUAUCGAGAUCACAAAGCGUAGAAUCUACGAUGUUACCUGCGUGUUGGAGGGUGUAGGACUGAUCGAAAAGAGCUCAAAGAAUCAGGUUCAAUGGAGAGGCGUUGAUUCACACGUUAACAAUCAAAACACUCAGACCAGCCUAAUCAACAGCAGCACAAACGAAGCGCUGAAACAAGAGAUUAAGAAGCUCUCUGAGAAAGAAGCGAAUCUUGAUAAUACUCUCAAGACACUACAACAAGAUAUUAAGCAACUAGUUAGUAAUGCUGCUACAUCAAAACUAUUUUUUGUAACAUAUAACGAUCUUAGAGAUAUCGAACAAUUGAAAAACGAUACACUCAUAGCUAUAAAGGCACCGGAGGGAACAAAGUUGGAGGUACCCGAUCCAGACGAAGGAAUGGAGCCACCCAAUAGACGCUACCAAAUCUACUUGAACAAUGAAAAAGGUAUGCCCAUAGAUGUUUUCCUUCUUAGUCAACAGAAUCAAGUUGCCAGCAGUGACGACUCUCAACAACAACAACAACAUCAUCAACAAAAUAAUAGUAGUGGAAGUAUUGAUUAUUCAACGGGUGUGGUUGAUCAACAGCAGCAACAACAAAUGAUGGCACCAAAUCAUUUGGCUACAACAGCAUACGAACAGUUGCCACAACAUAUACAUCAACAACAUCAACAACAUCAACAACAACAACAACUUGUUCAACAACAACAACAGCAGCAACAACAAUCGGAUAUGUUCAUUCCUGCAAUUGGAUCACCAAUUCGACCAUCUAUAUCACCGCAAUCGCAGUCAAACAACAACAACAACAACUCAAAUACCACCAGCACCACAACUACUACGACUACAACCACAAACCAACCACAACUCUCAACUGUACAGAUUUCCAAUUCACACAACCUCCAAAUUCCAACAACCUAUUGGGAGCCGCACUCCACAGUAUCGUCAUACUCACCAUUUGAUCAAUAUCAACAACAACAGCAGCAGCAACCAUUGCACCAAUCACCCUAUAAACUUCACACCUAUAACAACCAACUCGCUUCACAAUACUUUUCUGACCCAAUUUUCGAUCAAACCACCGAUGAAACCUAUUUCGACAGUGUUAUUGACUCUGAAGGUAUAUCAGAACUUUAUACAGAUGAAUCAUUUUUAGCACAAUCAUUUGACGAUUUUCAAAACCAAUCAACAGAAACUUAA